UGCAAAGGACUGUAAUGUGUUGCAGUCAAUGUCGAAUAUACGAACGUUGGAGAUGGCAUUGGAUUUGAGGAUGGAUACGACGGUGGAUGGUGGUGGGAGGUUGUUGGCAACGCGGCCGUAACAUAUUCCAACAGUCAAAAAAACAAUAGCCCCUGAUCAAUGCUGGACCAGAGUUGGUAUACAUGACUUGCACCAAAGAUGAUUCCAAUUCAAUCAUUGAAAGUAAGUGACUGAGUAUAAGCACAGAUUCGAUCUUUUAUGGGGCCCUGAGGUUAUAAUAUUUGCCUGUCCAAAAUCUUACUUUCUCCCCUUACAAAGCAAGUGCUAUGGCCUUAGUGCCCCUUCUUCUGCAGUAAAGAACACAAAGAAUAUCUUUAGUUGUUUCUCUUUAUUAAAGAAAAGUUCCUUCUUUUAUUAAACUCAAUAACCCAAACCCAUCUCCACAGUCAAUUAUCUUGUUCUUGCUUAAUUCAUGACUCCACCCUGAAUCUCUCCCUUUGUUUGCACUCAAAGAACAAGAGAAUUGCAGACUCAGUACUAAUAGCCAAACCCCUUCUCUUGUCUCAAACCCGAAAUACCAAAACAUGUCAUCACAAACCCAACAGCCUCUUAUGCCCUCACAAUCACAACAGCCAGUUGUGAUUUACCCGAACACAAAGCCGCCGCCUUCUGGUUCUUCAUCACACUCGAAUGGAUCAUUUGGGACGGUGUUCAUUGUUCUGGCUGUGAUUAUUGUUAUAUCUGGUAUUGCUUGCUGCCUUGGAAGGUUAUGUAACAAGAAGAAAGUCAAGUCCAUACCAAAACAGAAUCACAAGGUGCGUUCCAAGGAAAGGGAAUUCGAAUUCCGUCCCAAAGAAAGGGACAUGGAGUUCGGGUUCGAAAAUGGGAUUCCAAUGGGAAGACCAGUGCCGCAUAGCCAUGGUGGUUUGAAAGGGUUCAAGCCAUCUGAAAAUGGUCAUCUUAGAGGUGAACAACUUAGGCCUAUGGAUCGUGAGCCUAAAGCAGCAGGUCCCAUGAUGUCAUAGAGAGUUUGAUUCUUCAUAUAUGCUUGUGCUAAAAUCAUUCUGAUUUUAUGUUAUUUGUUCUGUUUCUUUUCUAGUUUUAGGUUUUCACUGGUAGUUUCAAAUAUGUAAAACAAAUUUAUGGGUUUGGAAUGAAUAGUAGCUUUUAUCAUA